CACGCUGGAAUCUCAGCACAGUCUGAUCCGUUGGGAUUCAGAUAAACACGCAGGACUUAUUGGCUAACAAUGUUUCAUGGGGUGAUUCCAAGUCGCGACAUUCGUGGUGUCUCCCGAAAACCAUGGCCUCGAAAGGUGCUUCAUUGAUAGGCCCCAGUUACCUGCUGCCUCCAACCAUACAAUAUAAAUAUCCAGCCAUCGACAUGAUCCGGAACCUGCUUCUCUGCCUGUUCAAUCUUAUCAUUCAAGAACAAUCUUUAUGCCUGGUGCACAUAUUUUGGUAUAUACCUCGUGCUCAUAAGUCGUCAUAAUGAUCGACCUCCUUGAAGUGAAAAGACGCUACGAAGCCGUGCUGGCAGUUGAAGAUAGCAGAGACAAGAUUCUUCAGAAUCUCUUUGCCCAGGUCGAAAGUCUGCAGAGGGCCCUUCAGAACACGCUUGGUGAUGCGAAGUUCCAGGAAUUGAAGAAGUAUAAAACAGAGUACGACGACUUGCGGCUUGACCAGUCCAAGUUAAGUUUUGUUUCUGUGCUUGUCGACGGUGACUGCAUGAAUUUCAACGAUGCUCUCAUCCGACAAGGCUACAAUGGCGGACGCAAAGCUGCCAUGCUUCUCCGAAAGUCCGUCGAGCGUCACAUCCGUGAUAUCGAUCCACAGGCUAGCCCAAACAUCCAGUACCGUAUUCGGGUGUACGCCAACGUUCCGGGCCUGAUGAAAACGUAUCGGGAAGCGCACAUCUUGCGUUCCAAUGAAGCGCUAGAUCCUUUCAUUCGGGGGUUCAAUAUGGAGAACAGCCUGUGCGAUUUUAUCGAUGCAGGAAACGGCAAGGAGUGUUCAGACGUCAAAAUACGGGCAACAUUCGAACAAGACAUCCUAGACGUCCACUGCCGUCGCAUCAUCUUCUGUGGCUCGACCGACAAUGGCUACGCACGCAUCCUCGGCUCCCACCAAGGAUCCAACCGCAUCUCGCUCGUCCAGGGAGCACCCUUUGCAUGGGAAAUGGAGCAGCUAGCAAGCGAGUUCCAAACCACCUCCUUCCCCGAAGUCUUCCGAUCCACGAAGCUACCCUCCCGAGCAUCAUCCUUCAGCGCAUUCAAAACCGCAUCCGCCAACUCGUCACCCAGCAGCUCUCCAACCAGCCUCAGCACGCCCUCAACGCCAAAACGCAACUACGCCACAAUUGCCAAGUCGAACCUCCAGGCGACAUCCCCCACCAGAACAAACAGAUCCAAGCGAUCGAAAAUCUCAUCCAGCUUAACAGCCAGAGCCAACGGGUUGACCCGCCACCCCGGGCCAGCAGCAGAGAGAACUUUGAAAGAUUACGAAGGUCGAAGUACUGCAGUAGAUAUCAUAUCCUGGGAGAAUGUCCCCUUGGCGAUGAGUGCGGACAUAGACACGGACGCCGACUCGGAUCCAGGGAUGUUCAUGACCUCUGGUGCGUUACUCGGACGUGCGUCUGUCCGAAUGAUAUCUGGUGUACGGAUCCCAAGUGUAUUUGUGGACAUCAGUGUCCGUGGGAGAAUCAGCAGGGACAUUGCAGUGCAGACUGCAAGUUUCCCGAGUCGAUGCAUGGGGUUGAUAAGUCGGUUGCGCUGAUUUUGUAGUAGUG